GGACGCCCUACAAAAGCUGCCCACCUCUUGAUUUUCAGAGCAAAAAGAAUCAAUCCUGGUCUUUUUGUUAAAAAGUGAGUCUCUUAAUCUGUAAUUAUCAGCUUGGGGUGUUCUAGUUAUGACCUUUCAAAGAGCCUCGUUCAGGUCAGCCGCAUUUCUCAGAAGCAUAUCUCCAGCUUUUAGAGCUCAUGGAAUUACCUCUUCUAAGUACAACAAGGAAUGCAGCAGCUGCUGGGUUUACACCUCCCACUGCAGAAGCGCAUGUUUUUAUGGAAGCCCAACAGAAGCAGUGAGAGAUAUUCCAGACGGCUCCACUCUGCUGGUCGGAGGCUUUGGUUUGUGUGGGAUACCAGAGAACCUCAUCAGCGGUUUACUGAAAACAGGAGUCAAACAGAUUACAGCUGUCAGCAACAAUGCAGGGGUGGAUAAUUUUGGCCUGGGGCUGCUCCUGAAAACCAAACAGAUCAAGCGCAUGAUCUCAUCGUAUGUCGGAGAGAACAUGGAGUUCGAGAGGCAGUAUCUGGCUGGAGAGCUGGAGGUGGAGCUUACCCCUCAGGGCACUCUGGCGGAGAGGAUACGUGCUGGUGGUGCAGGUAUACCAGCUUUCUUUACCGCUACAGGAUAUGGUACACUGAUCGAGGAGGGCGGAUCACCCAUCAAAUACAACACAGACGGCAGCGUAGCGAUCGCCAGUGAAAAGAGAGAGGUUCGUGAGUUCAGUGGACGGCACUAUGUCAUGGAAAAAGCCAUUACAGGAGACUUUGCACUUAUAAAGGCCUGGAAAUGCGACAAAGCCGGGAAUCUGGUUUUUAGGAAAACAACACGGAACUUCAACCAGCCCAUGUGUAAAGCAGCUAAAGUAACGAUAGUGGAGGUGGAGGAGAUAGUAGAUGUUGGAAGCUUUCCUGCUGAAGACAUUCAUGUUCCAGGUAUCUAUAUCGACCGGGUAGUAAAAGGCACCAGCUAUGAGAAGAGAAUAGAGAAAAGGAUAGUUCGGUCUUCACAGAAAGAGAAGCCAAAAGCCAAGGAUUCAGAUAAAACUCGAGAGAGAAUCAUCCGACGAGCAGCACUGGAAUUUGAGGAUGGGAUGUAUGCUAACCUCGGUAUUGGGAUUCCCAUGUUGGCCAGCAAUUACAUAAAUCCUGAGAUUACCGUCCAUCUACAGAGUGAAAACGGCAUUUUGGGACUGGGUCCUUAUCCUACAGAAAGUGAGGUGGACCCUGAGCUCAUCAAUGCAGGUAAGGAGACGGUCACUGUUCUUCCAGGAGCUGCGUAUUUCUCCAGUGAUGAAUCCUUCGCUAUGAUCAGGGGUGGUCACGUGGAUCUCACCAUGCUUGGAGCCAUGCAGGUUUCUAAAUAUGGAGACUUGGCCAAUUGGAUGAUUCCAGGUAAGAUGGUGAAGGGAAUGGGUGGGGCUAUGGACCUGGUCUCCAGCGCUGGCACCAAAGUAGUGGUUACCAUGGAGCACUCAGCCAAGGGUGGGAAACACAAAAUCCUGGAGAAGUGCACGCUGCCCCUCACAGGAAAGCAGUGUGUUGAUCGAAUCAUCACUGAAAAGGCUGUUUUUGAUGUAGACAAGACCAGAGGGCUCACGCUCAUCGAGGUUUGUGAGGGUUUAACUCCAGAGGAUAUCAGGGCUUGUACUGGCACAGAUUUUAAGGUUUCCCCAGCCUUGAAGCCCAUGCAGCAAAUAUGAUGCACAACUCAGAAGUUAAAGCAGCUGCAGUUUUCUUUCAUGUUUACAGAUCUGAGGACACUAGUGUGAAGAUGGUGUUUUUAAAAAUGAAAAACUACUGCAUGGAUUUAUAAGCCCUCAUUUGUGAUGAUCUCAGUGAAAAACUUGAAAAAAUUGAUUGAUUUUAUUAAUUAAUAUAUAUUUUUUUAUUAAAUUAUUAACUAGUUAUUUAAAUAAUAACUCAGAUGGAAAGUAUAUCUUUAUUUUAAAUAUAAAAAAUAUCAGUGAAGAAAAAUCUAUAUUAUCUUUCAGAAUUUAUAUUUAGGAACUUACUUUAUACUAGUACAUCACAUGAUUUUUUUUUCAGUGCAGUGGGCGGGGCUAAGCUUCUGUUUCAUUGGCUGGUUUAUGAUCUUUUCUGAUGGACAACAGGUCUCUUUAGUGUCUAAUUAGUGUUCUGUGCAAGAAAACAUUAAAAAAAUAAACUUUUGCUCACAGAAAAAAAUAGGUUAAGAAAAAAAGUGCUUCUGAACUGUGUUUCAGAUCCAGACAUAAAUAGAAUAAAAUCUGAAAUGUUGA